UGGAAAUAAAUGUUAUUUUCCCUUUUUUGCCUCUUCAAAUUGAUCUAUAAUUGCCUCAACUUUUGGUAGGACGAUUAAAUGAGUCAAAGAACCGAUCUAGAAUGUUAUGCUAUUAUGUAAUUCCUAACAUAGUCCAAAAUGGAGGUCAAACAACCAACAAGGACAAAGAGGCAAUAAAUUUCCAGAUUUUUGUUGAACAGAUUUUCCAUGAUUGCACCUGGAUCUUAUUUUCUCUCUCUUUCUCUAUAUGUGUUCAACUGCAGACCCGUUACUCCAGCUGGUUUCUCUCCAAAAGGCGUCAGGCUGCUGGGAUCUGGACGUCACACUGGCUGAUGCGUUUGGGAAGACGGAGGAGGAGCUGACCAAUCAGAAACCAGCUCAGGUGGAGGGGUCAGUAUGGGCCACUCUCCUGGCUCUGAUCUGGUUAUACGGCUGUAAAAUAGACCAGCGGGUCGAGUGGCAGUUUGUGGCCAUGAAGGCGGCGUCGUGGAUCGGCUCUCAGAAAGUGGGCGAUCUGUCCGAGUGUGUGUGUGUGGGUAAUGUCCUGCUCGGAUGUCAGGUGACCAAAGAGACUCUGGGAAUCUAAAGAAGUCAGUGUUUCUACUUCCUGUGCCGUCAGAAGACGAAAG